AUGGACCGAACAUGGACGUGCGAAGAGGACAGACUCCUCCAGGAGCUCAAGAGCUGUCAUAUCCCGUGGAAAUAUGUCUCCGUCGCAAUGGGGAAUAGACCGAUCGCGCAGCUCAAAAGACGAUGGUACCAUCUUCGAGACCGCAGGCCCAUGGAUGUCGAGGCUGUUGACUGGGGUGACCCGCCAGAAGAUGGAAAUGCUUGGGUGGAGGAGGAAGACGAAGAAGAUGAGAAACGGGGUUUGGACAAAACCCGACGUCGAGUGUCUUUCGCUGAUCCAUUGACUACUGUGAGAGAGGUGGGUAUUCGCAACCUCUCGUUGUUUUGGGCAGGCAUUAAACUUUUCACGCUGACCGGUCAUUCAAAGGUUGACGACAACUACGAUGACGAGGACGACGAUGGCGACGAUUUGCCCCGACACCCGAAACUCAAGAAAGUGAGCUACAUCGAAAGCGAAUUUACCCUGAAAGAGGUGCUUCUACUCCAUCGGAUCGCGGCCAAGUGGGAAAGAGACCGUUGGCGGGCCAUUAGCACCCGCUUCAAUGACAAGACCGGGCAUAGCCUUACCCCGGAGCAGGCCAAACGGAUCGUCAACAACUAA